CCCGCUUCUUCUGCACUGUUGUUCUAUUUAACCAUCACUAUGGAUAUUACAUCAUUGACCAAUCAUUUGUUCGAGAAAAUCACUUCUGUAUCAGUCGACCGAUGCAAUCUUGAAAAGAUUGGUAAAGUUGCUGUUAUCACCUGGGCAACUUAUCUCGUUUCUUCAAAAUUAUAUGAUGCUUUUGUUGGCCCUUUGAGUGGUAUUCCCGGACCAUUGGGUCUCAAGUUUUAUGAAAUGCGAUAUGCACCCGGGGUUGAAAGUCCACCUGGCACUUCGUGGGAAAAGCUUAAGAAAUGGCGCAACCAAUAUGGCGAUGUUGUACGUCUCGGACCCAAUCGUAUUGGCAUUUCAGAUAAGCGUAUGCUUCGACAAAUUUUGCUCAAGGACGAUUUGCCCAAGGGGCCCAUGUACACAAGACUUCAGCGUCGCAGUCCUCCCACUUUGUUCAAUACCCGCGAAAAAGCAUUUCACAAGCAGCGUAGACGUGUCAUUUCGCCAGCUUUCUCAGUAAAAUACCUCAACUCGCUAGAGACAUACAUGCGUGGCACCACUCAAGCGUUUAUUGAACGCAUUGACCGUGACAUCGAGCAAACACAGAAUGAUAAAGGAUAUGGUCAAGUGGAUAUUUGGAUCCUGCUUCAGUAUUUGGCAUUAGAUAUCAUUGGUGAAACCGCAUUCGGAAAAACCUUCCACAUGUUGGAGGGCAAUGAUCACAUUGUGCCACGUACAAUCAGCUCGAACAUGGAGAAAUCUUCUUAUAUUGUGACCCAUCCCAUAUUAGGUGUGUUAUUGAUGAUGCUCCCCUUCAGCGGUAUACUGAAAGCAAACGACGAGUUGAAGGCAUUCAUGAAAAAAAUUAUCAUGGAACGACUGCUAGGUGGUGAAGAAGCCCGCCGUGAUGAUAUUCUCCAAAUUUUGAUCGACACACAACACGCAAACGAUACCGAAGACCGUCUGACUGCCGAUACUAUUGCCCAGGAAACUGUUUUAUUCCUGGUGGCCGGUUCAGAAACGACCAGCAACACCACUGGAUUUGCAAUGAUUGAAUUGAUGAAGAAUCCACAAGCAUUUGCCAAAUUGCAGGCGGAGAUUGACGCUGUUGAGUUCGAGGAGGAUCAAAAGCUGUUUCAUAGCGAGCAAUUAAAACAUUUGCCCUAUUUGAACGCUGUGAUUAACGAAACACUACGACUGGAUUCUAUUGCUGUGGGCGGUGCUGAACGCAUAGCUGACCGUGAUGUUGUCUUGGAUGGCCGUGUAUUUGUUCCCAAAGGCGUUAUUUUGCAUGCGAACAUUUAUCACGCACAAGUCGAUGAAAAGUAUUGGCCUGAGCCCGAAAAAUGGAUUCCUGAACGUUGGAUUGAAAACUCAGGAUAUCCCGCAGCCGACCAAGAAGCAUUUUUCCCCUUCAGUGUCGGUUCGAGAAACUGCAUUGGAAAAACUUUUGCCCAACAAGAAAUGCGCUUGUCUAUUGCCAACUUGGUGAAACUAUAUGACAUUGUGGCCAUUCCGGAAGAGGUCGCAUCAGCUGAAGAGCGACGCGCAUUUAUUACCUUGGCUGUCAAGAGCAAUAGCUACAAGGUCAUGAUGAAACGUAGAACAACGACCGCUUAGAAAACCACAUCAAUCUAUAAUAAUAUUUCCCAUCCUUUGUGUGUACAUACAGUAUUACGAUUAUAGAUACAAUACGACAUCCAUAUAGACGCGAGAAGUUGACAACAACUAUUUCCGACAAAAUGCCAUGCAUACCAUAAUAAAAAAU